GGGUUUUUCCGAAUGAAUAGAUGAUUGUCGUAAACAGAUAACAAAGGUAGUCAACUAAACCGUCUGUGAAUAAAUGUCCAGCAGGUAGGUUUUCGUUUAAUUUAAGGGAGAAAACUCUACAAAAAUGUUGGAACUGUUGUUCGUCCUUCUGCUCACCUGUUGUGCUCACCUGACCGUGAAUGCUGCUCCAGUGGACGUAGAGGAAAGUGGACCAUGGUGUGAUCUGACGGACAGACGAGUAAACGCAUCUGGAAGGAUAGUCUGCAGAUUUAACGAGGAAUGUCGAAAACGCACAACUGGAUUUCUACGCUCAGAACGGCACAGGCUUACCAGAGAUCGCUGUCACAUGUUUUACGAGCUGCGAGGUCGCCAACGACUUUCGCCACAUCCUUGACCUGGAGAACAUGGAGGACGCACGGACCCUCUCGCUGUCCUUCCGGACUCUGUCUCCAGGUGUUGUCGGCAGGUAUCGGUGUCAGGCCUCGUCCGUCUCCACACAAAACAAUGUUCAAGGGCAACUGCAGUCUUCAACUGGCAAAUAUCAAAGUUGGCUCAGGUCCGAACGACUAUUCGGACGACGAUACUCCAUCAGAGGAAGAAGAGGAGGUUACAUACUAUUUCUACUUCUUUCUGCUGAUAAUCGUUGUGUAGCAGCUGUCGUCAUCACACUUGUCAUCUGCAAGAAGAAGGCUUGUGGCUUUUGGAAGAAGCGGGAAAACAUUAAGAGUGACAUCUAUAAGGAUCCUUCUGUGAGCUUUCGUGCCUUUUCGGUUAGUGAGCCCAGCUCACCUACUACAUAUAAAGAACAUCUGGAAGAUAAUGAUGGCAGCGGGGAACAGGAGCUCCAUGUUGACGACAGCGAGGACACAGACGAUGAGGAUCCUCUGACGAGAGAGGACGGCCCUGAAUACGACCAGCCUCUGAUGCUGACAUCGGCGGUGGUGGUCAGGAAACGAGUGAAGGACUGAAGGUCCCGAUGAUGGACAGAAUGCGCUCAGAAUUUGCGGCGAAAUAUUCACCUGCCACUUGUAAAAAACGGACGAUGCUGCGCCAAGAACUGCAUCGAGCGUUCGAAGAAGAAAAGAAGCGGUCGGUUAAGAAAUAGUUUUUUUUAUAACUUCUUUAAAAACAACUUCUGAUUUUUGUUCCAGAGUCCAUAGAGACAGCGCCAAACAGUUUUUCUGUAGCUUGUUGUACUAAGCUAGCAGCUUAUAAAUCCGCUUUUAAAGACGAUAUGACCUCGUUUGUGUUAUAUUUUAGUUUUCUGUAGAAUAUAUCAGCCUGUCAGAAGUCUCAGUUUUAAUCUGGUGGACGUACCAGGCCACGUAACACUAACAGAAAGCUGUAGGAUAAAGAGUAUUAGUGUUCUCUGGAUACAUUUUCUAAUUUAUCCGCUCGCAUUCUGGGGUAUAGUUUGAGUUUUAAACACAAUGAUAGCUGUUUGAAUUCCAUUUAUGACUAGAAGCUGUGACUACCCAAGCAGUAGAAAUUUUUAAAAUUUAUUUAUUAGAGGAGGAUGGAGGGUUAGGCGCUCUCAUGGUGUCCUUGCCCUGAUAACUUACUCUCACUGUCCCUAAGGCUACUACUUUUAACCUUUUCAAAUAAAAGAGAUUAGUAUUUUAAUAAAUAAAGUUUAUUAAGUUUACUUUUUAUGAAGUUGACAUUUGAAGUAGUUGGCAAUAACUUACUAAGUGUGUUGCCCUCUCACCUUUUGUUGUACAUCUGACGUUUGAGAUAGUGUGAGGUAUUGCUGUGAAAAAGGCUUUGCUUAUAUGUUUUCUGGAUUAUAUGCUUUUUUAAUAAAUAAAUAUUCACAUCGGCUAUCGGAUAUCACGACAUAAAUUACAUACCUGACAACUGUGUAUUUGGUGGUUUGCUUGUUUUCAGUCUUUAUCCUCAUUCUGCCAUGUUCACGUGUACACUAUAGUGAGGACUUUGAGGAGUUUGAAGGAUGAAAGGACUUGAAUUAUUAAUUCACUCGUUAGCCAUGUUCACUUACAUUGUUUAAGAUUAAUUAAGAAAGUGCAAACUGUUUGAGAUUUAAUAAAUGUUUCUUAAGAUCGC